CACAGAUCAGGUAUAUUCCCGAGAACUCGGCAGCAGAGCAACAAGUCCUCCAGCAGAGUCAGGCAGAGGUUUUGGUCAGAACGCGAAUGGCCAACUCGGGUCUCCAGAUCCUGGGCUUUGCCCUGGCUUUUUUCGGCUGGAUCGGAAUCAUUGCUAGCACCGCUCUGCCCCAGUGGAAAACCUCGUCUUACGCCGGGGAGAACAUCGUGACGGCGCAGGCCAUCUAUGAAGGACUCUGGAUGUCCUGUGUGUCUCAGAGUACCGGGCAGGUCCAGUGUAAAGUCUACGACUCUAUGCUGAAACUGCACAGUACGCUACAGGCUACUCGAGCACUGAUGAUCAUCGCAAUACUACUGGGAACCCUAGCAAUCCUGAUUGCUGCAACGGGAAUGAAAUGCACAACAUGUUUUGCUGAUGAUAAAACGAAGAAGGGCCAAGUGGCUACCGUUGGGGGAGUCAUGUUCAUUAUCUCAGGUCUUGCUACAUUGGUUGCUACAGCCUGGUAUGGAAACAACAUUACUAGAGAGUUCUACAACCCCUUAACACCAACCAACAACAGGUAUGAGUUUGGCCAAGCUCUGUUCAUAGGAUGGGCUGCUGCUGCCCUCUGUCUACUCGGUGGGGCCUUCCUGUGCUGCUCUUGCUCCAAAGGUACUGGAGGAUCCUACCCAAGCAAUGCCUACCCACGAUCACAAGGUGAUCCUUCUACUGCAAGGAACUACGUGUGAGACCAGCAGAGCUACUGAGAGGAACCUACUCAAGCUACUCACUUGCUGUGUGUCCCUUUAAGUGAGGAAUACCUAGUAUUACCCUUCAUGACAUUUCUUUAAAAGACGAGUAGGAAAUUAAUUAAUUUCUUACAUUUACUUGCUUACAUUUCAAUUUCAGCUCGUCUUAAAUAAAUCAAUUGUCAGUUUAUUUGUUUUCAGUACAAAAUAUAGAAUACCUUGCCUGCAAAUGAUCAUAUAUUCCUAUCACAUGUCAAAUCUCAUAUGAGUAUUUCAGAAUGAGGGAUUGUAAGGGACUUGUAUAUUUGCGAUAGGGAAACCGGGCGUUCUUCCAAGAUAGAGGACAGGAACUCAAAUACAGUCAAGCUUUCAAUUGCUGCAUUACAAUACACUUGGUUCACGCACACAAUCCUUCUGAUACAGUAUCUGCCAGAUGAUUGUUCAGCAUUAAUGUCACUUUUAUUAAAGGAGAGGGGGAGAAAGUGGAAUAGGUGGGGAUAUAGAAUAAUUACAGUAACAAAAUUUGCCUCACUUUAGCAGACUUGAAGUAACAGUGAAAAUGAGGGUGUGUGUGAGGGUGAAUGCCUGAAACGCCCCAUUGAAACCUCAUGAUUUCGAUUGAAGAAGAAAAGACACAUUGAAAAGUCACUUCACUCCAGAUGGUUACAUUUCCCCCACAUUAAUGAAAGAAAGACUUUGCUAUUUCUCAAUUUUGUGUAAGUCAUGUUAAGGAUUAGAGCUCAAUUGCAAAUUUAAACAUUAUCUUAAUUAUUGUUCUCCACAACAAUACCUUUGAAAUCCUCAAACAUGUCUUUCUAACAUUAUUUACAAACCUGUUAAAAGUAAUAAGCUGUCUGUAUCAGAGUUGCUGAAUGCACUCGUCUCUGAAAUGCUUGUGUUGACCUGUCUUCAUGUACAUAUAAAGGUACCUGGUUGAUUUGUUAGAUAUACUAAUGCUCUGAUACAAUAACCCUGUGUAUUUCUGUGUUGUAAUUAAUAUCCAGUGUACAUUUACUGGUUGCAAUUGUUAUAUUCUAUUUUAUGCUUCAGCAACAUCAACGGUACUCAGGGUAGGAAAGCGUCGCUUUAGUGUUCUGAACUUCUUGCCUUUUCCAGUCAGGGUGUAAUUGUUAAAUAAUUGAUAUUCAUCACUAUCUCAAAGAAACACAACUUGUCUAAACUAAUGUUCAUUUUCACACCACGUACCAACAAAUCCAUCCUUCGUUCAACAAUUAGUGAUUCAAUUUCAUCCACAACCUUUCUUUUGUUGCAGUUAGUUAAUGUUCAUCAGUCUGAGCCCCAUCCUUUGAUACUUUGAUACAGGGCAAGACAAGAACUGAUUUUUGUCUUGAGUGGGCAAAUGGGGAGAAGUUGAACCGUCUAUCGUUGAACAUACAUGAUGAAUAUUUCCAGAAUUGCUAGAGGGUCAUAUUUCACCAACUCUCCCUCCUGAUUCUGGGGCAGAAUUGUUGGACUGCCAACUCCUUAAAUUCCAAGGUGGAAUUGAAACUGAUUCUGAGUAAAUCCUGGAGUGGAAGUGAAAUUGUUGCUUUGGCUGCACUUUAUGGGUAACUGGAUGAUUUGGAGUCAGUUUGCUGACCUUUUCAAUGAGGGAUGUCAAGGUAUGGGCUCAUGAAACUAGUCUUCAAUGUGACUGAAAUCAAAUAUAUUCUGGUGUAAGUUUACAAUGAACUGUUUCUUAACUGUGUACAAUUAUUUGUUGAAAUUUCCUGCAGUUAAUCAACUUGUUAUCCAAGUAGGACUAGGCUGUGCCUGAAAUUCCAACCCUGCAGUGUUUUUAGGUCCCUCAGUUUCAUUUACAUAUAAAAUAGAAGAACAAAUAUUUA